ACUGACAUCAUGGGAAACCACACAAGAGUAACAGUGUUCAUCUUAGCAGGCUUGACUGAUGACCCAAAAUUAAAAGCUGUGCUAUUUAUAUUCCUGCUUCUUACCUAUUUGCUCAGCAUCACAGGAAAUCUGAUAAUCAUCACACUUACCCUAGUGGAUAUUCACCUUAAGACUCCCAUGUAUUUUUUCCUUCGGAAUUUUUCCUUCUUAGAAAUUUCAUAUACUACCACAUGUAUUCCUAAAUUACUAGUUUCUAUGGCAACUGGGGACAAAACUAUUUCUUAUAAUAAUUGUGUAACUCAAGUAUUUUUUGCCUUUCUACUUGGAGCAUCAGAGUUUUACUUGCUGGCAGCUAUGUCCUAUGACCGCUAUGUGGCCAUCUGUAAACCCCUGCAUUACACCACCAUCAUGAACAGCAGAAUCUGCACCAUGCUUGUUCUCAGCUGUUGGCUUGCUGGUUUUUUGGUCAUCUUUCCACCACUGCUUUUAGGCAUAAAUCUUGAAUUCUGUUCCUCCAACAUUGUGGAUCAUUUCUACUGUGACACCACACCCCUCCUGCAGAUCUCCUGUACAGACACUCACCUUCUGGAGAUGAUGGGUUUUGUCUCAGCAUUGGUGACACUCUUAAUCACACUGGUGAUGGUGAUAAUAUCCUACACAUUCAUUGCCCUAACUAUUUUAAAAAUCCCUUCAACAAGUCAGAAAAAAAAGGCAUUUUCCACAUGCUCUUCACACAUGAUUGUCAUAUCCCUAUCCUAUGGUAGCUGCAUCUUCAUGUAUGUGAAACCAUCAGUCAAACAAAAAAUAUCUUUGUCCAAAGGAAUUUCAGUUCUUAAUACUUCAGUGGCUCCACUUUUGAAUCCUUUUAUCUAUACCUUGCGGAAUCAACAAGUAAAAAAAGCCUUUGUUAAUAUAAUACAUAGGGUUGCCAAUUUCUCAAGCAAAUAA